AUGGCAGAGGGCGCAGCGAUGGACGGGGCCGCGGGGCGGGAGGGCAGGCCGGCGGAGGAACACGAGGAGACGCACAAGGGCUACCAGCCCAUCGGCGAGAUCCGCGCGUGCGGCGGCCUGGACAAGCUGGUGGGCCCCACUGCGGGCGCGCGCCCCGCCAGCCUGGCGCGCAUGCACCUCGACCCCGCGCUCGACAAGCAGCUCAGCGCCGCCGUCGGCGUGGCCCUGGGCACGUGGUAUAACCUGGAGGCCAUGGCGGUCUUCUGCCUCAAGGACACCGUCGCGCUGCCCGGCUUCACCAGGUACUUCCGGGGGCGGGCGGGGCAGGAGUACCGCGAGGCGCGCAGCAUCAUGGACUACGUCAGCCAGCGUGGCGGAGCCGUCCAGUUCAAAGAGAUCGCGCCGCCGCCCAACAGCUUCAAUCACGAGGAGAAAGGGGACGCGCUCUUUUUGAUGGAGUACGCGCUGGCGCUGGAGAAGGUACAGAACGACAAGUACGUCCAGCUCUUCCGGGCCGCGGGGGGCAGCGGUGACCCAGGCGUGCAGGCGUUCGUGCAAGUACGCUUGCUGGGGCCCCGGGCGGCCAUCAUCCAAAGGACAGCGCAAUGCGUAGCGCAACUGCGACGUCUUGGAAAAGGAGCAGGCGUCUUCGUCUUCAACGCGCAGCUCUUGGCUGAGCAGCCCAGGGAGGAGUCCCUUGGGAACGAAGCCGAGGACCAGGAUUGGAGCUUGCCGGGAAGUGGCGCAUGCAAGCGGGCCAAGUCUGGUGUGGCACAAGGAUAAGAACAACUAGUUGAGGAUCACCCCGUGUGCUAGUCGACAUGUUCUCAUCGGCUAUUCUACUAGUUGAUACUAGUGUGAGACGACUAGUUACUAGUAAAGUACUCUGCCUUGCAACCUCUACAAGUUCGGUCCGGGUAUGACUACUCCACUGGUGUAUCCACCCCGAGCUGCAUGGAACUAAGAGCCAAUAAACCGAGGAUUCGAUGCAUAGAUGAUUGCUAAAGAGUGCAAACGCUUUGCUAAGGCGGCCAAUUGGCACCAUUGUGAGAUCUUGACAUAGGCUGUUGGGGUUUCUAGUGAAUAAAGGUCACACGCUGC